ACCAACUCCUUGCCUCUAGCCUCCUGUGCUCCUGCACUCCAGACCACAGUUCCUCUUCGCAUACAGACCCAGACUUGUGUGUUGCGGGAUCCGCCCGAUUGGGCGGCAGUCAACCUGAGCGCCCUGGCGUGGUGCCCGGGGGUGCGGGGCCGGGGGCUGGGGCUUCCUGCUAUCCCGCCGCUGCUCGCGUUUCUGCUGCUCCUGCUCCUGCUCCCGCUGCCCGCCGGAGCCUGGUACAAGCACGUGGCGAGUCCUCGCUACCACACCGUGGGCCGCGCCGCGGGCCUCCUUAUGGGGCUGCGCCGUUCACCCUACCUAUGGCGCCGCGAGCUGAGACCGGCUGCCGGGACCCUCAUCUGGGAAUCCCUCACCCCGGGCCCCACGGCCGGUAACGCUUUCGCUCUCCUCCGGCUUCCCUCGCGGGUACGGGAGCUGUGGAAGGCACGACGCAAGAGCUCUGGGGCUGGGCUCCCGGUCCGUGCGCCCCAGAGCCCGCACGUCCCUGAACUCGCGCCCGAACGGAAGCUGCGUCUGGACCUCCAGUCCUGGGCCUCUGCGGAGUCGGCCAGACACUUUGGAGAGAUGUCUCUGGCCCAGCCGUGGUCGCUGCAGAAAACUGCCUUCGCCGGCCCCCGCCUGGUCCAGAACCACCCUGACAGUAUUCCCUACCAGCGGCGACCCCGCGCCUGACCCAGGAGUAGACGCUGCUCUUCCAAGGCACGCAGCUUGAAGCCAGCCAGGUCAAUAAAAUCAACCUGAUAUCUGC